AAUUGGUCAUUUGCCCAUAGCCCGCCCUCACGCCUUCUUGUGCGCCGGUACCAUUAUUCUUUUGUUCGAUUUGCGUUUGAAAAUCUUUCAGGACCUUUUUUUUAAACUAAAAAAGCGUAGAAAACUGUUUGCUACUCAAAAGGCCCUGUAUGUAGAGGGCGCGAAUAAAUGAGUGGUAAAAGAACCACGUCCAAUUUGUCUGUGACAGUGGAACAACAUAACCUUAAAAUAUCUGCUGACAGUACAGUGAGCUAUUUUGCCUGUUUUUGUAGAGCUAUGUGGAAUUGUGUUUAGCCAAGAACAUAAUUAUUAUCAAAUUUACCAAGCACAACCAAUUAUUGAUAAUUGGGGCCGCAAUCAUGUCCUCCGAUGAUGUAACUGUCAAGCUCGAACCAAAGCAAGAAGACACAAGUGCCCCUUCUCCAGCAACGGUUUUUAAAACCGAAGAGCUAUCAUUGAUGAUAAAGAAAGAAGCUGAUGAGAUUGUUGCAAGUGGUGACGUUGACUGUAACCCUUCGAAUCAUUUUGAGGGCAAAAUUGAACUAAGAGAUGUCACCGAUCCACCCUCUCUUAACUUAUACGACGAAUUGGUCGAAACCAAAGUGGACGUUUUCAACUGUGGUAGUUCACUCUUGAAGAGCACAAGUGAGAGUUGUCCGUCACAGCAAUUUUGCUCCAAGGAAUUGAAGUUCAAGUGUUACCAUUGCAAUUAUCAGACGACUACCAAAAGAUACUUAAAGCAGCAUCUUCUAAAUCACAAAAGCCCCGUGGAAUAUCUAUGCGUCCAUUGUAAGUUUAUGACAAAUAUUCGCAAUCGGCUCCAACAACAUCUCUUAACUCACGAAACCUCGAAGCCGUUCAAAUGUGACCAGUGCAAUUAUGCGACAAACUACAAGGGAGCUUUAAAGGAGCACAUUUUAAUCCACUCAAACUCGAAUAAUUUCCAAUGUCAAUACUGUAAUUACAACACCGGUGUCGCAAGGUACCUAAAGAGACACCUGCAGAACCACAUGACCUCCGUCGCCUUCAAUUGUGUCGAGUGUGAUUACAGCACGAAUUUUAAACAGCGCUACAAACAGCAUCUUUUAAGGCACAAAACUUCGAAAGAUUUAAAAUGUGACUGGUGCAGUUACGCCACAAAUGUCAGAGGCGACUUGAAUCAACACAUUCUGACACAUACGAGCGUAACGGAAUUCAAAUGUGACCAGUGUCACUACCAAACAACUAUCGAGAAGCACUUGAAACGGCACAUCGUGAAACACACGCUCGUGAAAGAGUGGAAGUGCGACCUGUGCUCCUUCGAAUCACACUUUAAGGGGGUCCUCGAGAAACAUUCUCUAACACACUCGUCCAAGGACCUCAAAUGCUUUCAAUGCAGUUAUCAAACAAAUUCAAAGGUGCUUUUGCGGCGACAUCGUUUAACACACUCCGCCGUAAAGUUCAAAUGCUCAUUCUGCAAUUACGAAACAAACGUCAAAGAACUUUUAAGACGUCACGUACUGUACCACACGAGCACCACCGACUUCCGAUGCUCCCAAUGUAGCUACACCACCAACAUGAAGUAUUACCUCAAGCGGCACGUGCGCAACCACAGCUCCUCGCGACACUUAAAAUGCGAACGUUGCGAUUACGCGACUAACAACAGUUACAAUUUACAUCGCCACCUUUUGACACACGACAAAUCGGCGGACUACAAGUGCGCCGAUUGCGGGUACACGACCAACUCGGACAGGAACCUGAAGCAGCAUCUCAGAAAUCACGAGGUCGUCCGGAAUUUCGCUUGCGAACAUUGCGAGUAUCGCACGAGUUUUAAAAAUCGCCUCGAAAUGCAUCUGCUGAGGCACCAGGCGGCGAAGAAGCUGAAAUGCGAUCGGUGCGAGUACGCGACGAACUUUAAGGACGCUCUGAAGCAGCACCUUAUGACGCAUACGAACUCGAAGGAGUUCCAGUGCUCCCUUUGCCAUUACAGGACCGGUAACGAGAAGUACUUGAGGAGGCACGUUUCGCGGCACAAAACGUCCAGGGAUUGGAAAUGCGACCGGUGCGAAUAUGCUUGUUUAGUAAAGGCCGAUUUAAAAAAGCAUCUUGCGACUCACUGUAGCUGAAUUGUGUCUGUGUGUUCGGUUUGUGGUAAGCAAAACUUUAGAAUGGGACUGCUAUUCUUUGUUACUAUGUUAUUAAUCUAAAAAGUAAUUGAAUACAUAUUAAAGUGUCCGAAACUCGAUC